AUGGAGAAGAUACAAAUUCCAGAUAUGCGCUUUGAACAGGGGUUCAGGCGAGCUCUCACAACCAACGCGUUAAGGGUAAAUGGUCAGACUGUGAGAGAGAAGUCUGCAGGCGAGCAACAUCCUUUGCCUGUGAUUACUCCAGGAAUAGUGAUAUAUACCAUCGUGAAAGACCAGUUACUCAUGCCGUUUGUACAGGGAUUUGCUUGGGCGUGCAUCUUGUUGGCAAUGAAGCCAUGGCUGUUUAGAUGCAUCCAAAGCGGUAGGAACGCUGGUGUAUGGAUAUUCUCCAGUUUUGGACUCUACACCAAGCGCAAGGUGUAUUGA